AUGUCGCCAUGUUGUUUCCUGCACCGCAAACAAAGCAAUGAAAAUUUAACAAAAUCAGGACCAGAUGGAAAAUAUCGAUUAAAUUUGUGCCAAAAUGCUCUCGCGGGCGUGAAUGAAUUUUUCCUUGCGCGUAUUAAUACAAUGGUGCGUGCAUCAAAGCUGUGCGUGCAAGACUAUAACUUGAGCGCGCGUAAAUUAAAGCACUUAUGUUCCCUGGAAUGGUGCGCGUUGAGGAAAUUUGUGCGUGCGCACAAUGAACCUUCAGGGCCAUCGUACCUCGGUGAUAACAAAUUCAACAAACAGGAAUUCCUACCUGUUACUUCUGACCUGCUUAAACUAAAAGUGUAUUGUGAGGAGCGAACAUCCUUUCUUGUGUCAGCUUUAAAGGACAAACAUGAUGAUUUGAGUGCAUGGCGAGAAUUGGCAGAGGUAGUUAUCACGAGAAUUACAGUCUUUAACAAACGGCGUGGUAACGAGGCAUCAUCAUUAUUGUUGAAGAAAUAUACCGAAAGAAAAAAUAAAACAGGAACAGUACACGAUGAUAUUUUGAAAUCACUUACACCUCUUGAAAGAAAGCUCAUGAACCGGCUCGAUCUUGUUCAUGUCCGAGGGAAGAGGGGACGACAAGUCCCAGUGCUUCUGUUGCCAGAUGUAGUUGUAGCCAUUGACACCCUAAUCUCAACAAGAGAAGCAAUUGGAAUAAGUGAUUCAAAUAGAUUUUUAUUUCCAACUCCGUCAAGAGGAUCCAAAAACCCAUUGAGAGGGUACAAAUUACUACAGGUGCAUUUCCUUUAUUUGAAAAGUCGGAACACUUUUGAGUUAAUCUUGGUAACACCACAAAAAGAGAACUCGAUAUAUUGACGCAAAGUUUUCGCAAAAAAGAAAAGAAAAACAUCCACAUAUUCACAAACACAUAAAAGCUAUCCACAGCUAUUCAAAAAAAAAACAAGUCUAAACUAUAGCCUAAUCUGACACAGUUUUUCGUUUAUAAUUCCGUAAGAAAU